CUGCAUCUCAGAAACUGCCGCUUCCCCUCCGCUUCCUGCGAAACAAACAGUCCUUUUUCUUUUAUUUUCCUUCUGUGGGAAGCCGGAGCAGGUGGAGCCAGACUUUGUUGCCAUCAAAAACGGAAUGCUUCGAGGAAAAGGAAGUCCUGCCAAACCGUCUCCUAUAUAGAUUCCCCUUUUCUCUGCAUCCAAAGCGAAAAUCAAAAGAUAGCAUAUAAAACGGAGCCAGCCUUUGUUUACAUCGGAGAGAGAGGGAGCGAUCGAUCGUGAUGGGAACGGGCUGCGGUGAUAUCUGCACUCUGCCGGAGGGUUGCAUCUCCCACGUGAUCUCUCUGACGUCGCCGGUCGAUUCUUGCCGGUCGGCGGCGGUCUGCACCACCUUCCGCUCCGCCGCCGUGUCCGACACCGUGUGGGAACGCUUCCUGCCGCCCGAUUACCGGUCGAUCCUGGAGCGGGCCGUCCGUCCGGUGGAGUACUCGUCCAAGAAGGAGCUCUUCUUCCGCCUCUGCGAACCCAUCCUCAUCGACGACGGCAAGAUGAGUUUCUCACUGGAGAAAUCGAGCGGUGCAAAGUGCUACAUGCUGUCUGCCAGACAGAUGGGUAUUGUAUGGGGGGAUACCCCCAAGUAUUGGAGGUGGCAUCCUCUACCUGAUUCCAGGUUUUCAGAGGUUGCUCGGCUCAUAGAUGUUUGCUGGUUGGAGUUUCGAGGCACGAUUCGAAGCAAGGCGCUUACGCCUAAAACAACCUAUGCCGCCUAUCUCAUAUUCAAAUUAGAUCAGAAUUCACGAGGUCUUGGCUCGCCGAAUCAGGAAACAAUAGUGAGACUGGGAGCCCACGUGUCCAGACGUGCCGUGAAUGUACAACCCAGAGGGAGCGGUCGUCAUCAUUUCCGGAAUGUGAUGAGGGCUGAUGGUUGGAUGGAGAUGGAGAUGGGGGAAUUCUAUAAUGAUGAGGGUGAGGAUGGGGAAGUGGAAAUGAGUUUCAUGGGGAUGCAAGGAGGGCAUUGGAAGUCUGGGCUCAUCAUCCAGGGCAUUGAGAUAAGGCCUAAGAAGUAGGCAUAAGAUAAGAGCUUUUUAUGUAUGGGCGUUUGGAUUGUCUUGGCAGCUGUAAGUAGAUUAGUAAUUAUAAAUGAACAAGAAACGUUGCAUGCUUUGCAGCUUUGUACGUUCUCAAACAACUAAUGGAAACUUUAAGUUCCUCUGUGUCUCA